AUGGCGGCCAAGUACGUCGUGAACAGCGAGCUCCGCGGCCAUGAGGGCGCAGUCCGCUGCAUCGCGUGCCUGUCGACCGACACAUUAGCUACUGGUGCGAUGGACUCUGUAGUGCGCGUCUGGAUGCGUGACUCGGACGCUGCGGUGCGCAGCUUCUCAGCCGUAGAAAGCGCAAGUAUCUUUGACCACGAGCACUGGGUCACGGCUAGCGUGGCGCUGGCCGAUGGAGAACUUGCAACUGGCAGUAUGGACAAGCGCGUUCGUCUGUUUGACGCGCAGGGUCAGCGCGUGGGACUGCUUUGCGGGCACGAAGGAGGUGUCAUUUCAUUGGCUCUCUCUACAGACAAGAAGCUGCUGCUCUCUGGCAGUUGGGACGGCACAGCGCGUGUCUGGAGCUUGGAGACGCAGAAGUGUCUGCACGUCUUACCUGGUCAUGAGAACGGCGUCUGCGUGCUUGGACUGCCUGAUGGCUCAGUGGUCACGGGCUCGACAGGUCAACAGGUGGGCAAUAGCGUGGCCGACUUCAAGCUGCGGUUCUGGAGCAAGGGAAGCUUUGAGCUGACCAAGACACUCAUGGACCAUCAAGGCCCGAUUCGACAGCUUGUCUUGGUGCCGGAUAUUGGUUUCAUGAGCUGCUCGAACGACGGAUCGAUCAAGAUCCGGACACUGGAUGGUGAUGUGGUAGUAAGUAUGGAGCACCCAAUGAAUGCAGAAGGCAAACCAGGCUUUGUGCUGGGUGUUUGUAUGCUGACCAACGGUCUCGUGGUGUCUGCGAGCGAGGACUGCACAGCGCGUGUGUGGUCGACGGAUGGCGCUCUUGUGCAAACGGUUGAGCAUCCUGGAGGAUUGUGGUGCGUCACAGCUUUGCCUGAUGGAGACUUUGCCACGGGCUGCGAUGAUAAAGUCGCGCGGGUGUUUACGCUUGACCCAUCGCGAGUGGACUCGAAUGCAGUGGCCUCAUUCCAAGCGGCAGUGGAAGAUGCCCGGAUCGCAAAGACGCGCGGGCCAAGUGGCGUGGAGAUCGAAGCGCUUCUCGAUUACGACCAACGUGCGCAGGUUGCUGGAAAAUCUGACGGUCAGAUUCAAAUGUUUCGUCGCGGCACCAAAGCUUGGGCAUGUCAAUGGAGCGGCCCGUCCAAGACUUGGAUUGAUAUUGGCGAGGUGACCGGUACUGGUGGCGGUGGCGUAGUGGACGGAGAGGCGUACGAUGUGGUGGUGCCCGUUGAGAUCGAGCUGCCUGGUGGUGUAAAAAAGCUUGAGAUUGGAUACAAUCAGGGCCAGAAUCCGUUUACGGUGGCGCAAGAGUUCAUCGACAAGCACAUGCUAGACCAAGCUUACCUUCGUGAAAUUGCUGACUAUAUCACGCAACGUGUUGGUGACUACCGACCUGCUGUGCUUGGAAAUGACGAUAGUGUGAAUGCUACCGCUAGCUGCAUGGUCACCAAUGAGUCAUCUGGUUCAGCUCACCGUUACAAGUACUUUCCUGUGUCCGGGUACAACACGUUCGAAACAACCAAGAUUUCAAAGCUCAUGAGCAUGAUGCGGCAGUUCAACGACAAGAUGACGGAGACUGAGGAGGAAUCCGUCGUUCUUGCCGACCCGCAGCUGAUAGCGCUCGACCAGAUCGUUCACACCGUCCAGAAUACUGCAUUCUAUCACAGUAGCACGUUUACCGCUUCCGAGAUCUCCGCACUGAGAAGCGUUCUGGACAAGUGGCCAGCGAAAUUGGCUUUUCCGAUUUUGGAUCUUCUCCGGCUUGUGCUGAUACACCCCCAUGGCCCAGUAGCAUUAGGUGCUGCCGGACUGAACUCGCUCGUCACGACAACGCUCAGCUUGGGAUUGCACCCAGGUUCCCAGGACGGAGAUGAAGCGAUACCUGUCGCAACACGCAUGUUAUCGCUGCGCGUUCUAGCAAACAUGUUUUUGCAUGAUGCGGCUCGUGAGGUCAUUCUGGCUCACAAAGACGAAGUGCUGAGUCGAUUGCCGUCAUUCCAGGCCUUCCACAACAAGCUUGUGGCGCUCAGCCUCUCGACCGUUCUGCUGAACUUUGCGCGGGCUCAAGUAACAACACCCGAGUUGCUGUCAGCUGGCGAUCAAGUGACAGUGAUGUCAUUGGCCGCGGAUCUACUCAAUGGUUCGUACACUGUCCAAGAGCUUGGCGACGACACAAUUUUACGUUCGCUCGUCACCAUUGGCACACUUGCGCUAUCUGGCGAUUCGACCGUCAAAGAAGCUGCGGGCGUUCACGCGGAUAUCUUUGCUGCAUCAAAAGUAGCCCAAGUGACAUCCUUGAUCGUCAAAGAAUGUUUUGCCGAGCUUCAGCGCAUUCUCGGAAACUAA